GAUCAGACAGAUGAACCUAGAGCCGAUCCCAGAGGGCAUUGAGGAGGAGAUGUACGAUGGCGUGGCUGUCUCUUUAAUCUGUUGAUUAUGCUUUAUUUAAUUAACUUUAAUGCUUAUUACGUUUUCGGGCAAGAUCCCAAGUUGUUUGACUUUAAAAAGGCUUCCGCAUUAUUUUAAUUUACUCCGAUGAAUUUUUAUAUGUAUUGAUAGAACAAUGAGUCAAGAAUCGACCCAUGGUCAGUACGUUCCGGAGCCGGAGCACGUGAGCGUGCACACGGUGAACACCGAGGGUUCGAGUUUCACGCCUCCGGGUGACGGAGGGCAACGAUAGAAUCAACCUGCGCCAGCGAGACAGCCACCAGCUGUACCACCGCCAGUCGUACCACCUCCAGUGAUGCCACCGUUGCUGAUGCCGCCGGUGGCCUACGAGCAGAUCUUUCCGGCCAUGAUGGCCCAUUAUAUGCAGCACAUGGCGCAGCUUAUGCCCAUGUUCCAGCCACCGCCACCACCACAGCCGCAGCCGCGCAUCGUUACCUUCAAGAUGUUGAAGGAUAAUGGAGCGGAAGAGUUUCGAGGAGAGAAGAUGGGGGAGCCCCAGAUUGCAUUGGAUUGGCUUGAGCAGAUGGACCGGGUACUCAAGAAUUUGAGAGUCCCAGAUGCUGAUCGCUCGGAGUUGGCGUCACAGAUGUUCCGGAAGGGAGCAUAUGAUUGGUGGAAGCGCAUUGACCAGGAUCCACACACGCCCAAGCCGUGGACCUGGGAUCGCUUCGAUCGAGCCUUCACGAAGGAGUACGUCCCCACCCGGUACCGCGAGGAGAGGCGCGAUGAAUUCGUUGCGCUUAAGCAGGAGGGGAUGUCACUGCCUGAACUGAGACAGAGGUUCGACUACCUGUCCCAGUAUGCGAUGAGUCUGGUCUCCACUCCGGAGGAUCGUUUGAAUGAGUUCGUCAAGAAGCUACGGCCGGACUUGAGGCCGUACGCUGCGCUGAUCACGACGACAGAUUUUAAUGCGGCGUAUGAUUUGAUUGUGAAGACGGAAAAGAGCUUGGACGAUUUGCAGGCAACCAAGAAGGAGGAUCGAGCGACGAAAGACCCGCGACUCGCGGCCAGCACUGGGCCGAGCGGGAAGAGUUUUGGAUUCGGGGGAAAGAGGUACGAGAAGGGUUCUUCGAGUGCGCCGCCGCCUAAGAGGAGGUAUUUCAGGAGGCAUUGCCCGACAAACCCUAGCAGCGAGCCUGUUUUACCUAGAGCUCCGGAUCAGCCUGCCGGAUCACAUCCAACACGGAGUCAGCAGUCUACGGCCGCAAAUAAUCAACAGAGAGCACGUCCGCAGCAGCCAGGCCGGGCACCAGCGCGUACCUACGCCAUGCAUGGGCGCACAGAUCCUAGUCCUGAUGUUAUCUUGGGUACGUUCAUACUAUUUGAUUCGGUUAUGCAUGCCUUGAUCGAUCCGGGUUCUACGCUCUCCUAUAUCUGUGUUGGCAUGCCUGCUAAUUCUGCGAUUGUGAGGAGUGACCUUGAGAUACCUACCGUUGUAUCGAAUCCGCUAGGACAUAGCAUGCGUCUUCAUCACAUCUAUCAUAGGUGUCCGUUGUCCGUGCAAGGGAAGCAAUUCCCUGCAGAUUUGAUAGAGCUACCAAACAAGGAGUUUGACAUUAUCCUUGGUAUGGAUUGGCUCACAGAGCAUAGAGCAGUGGUCGACUGCAGUUGUCGGACCGUACGGCUGAGAGCCGAGGACGGUAGUGACGUAUCACUCUCCGGGGAGGUGUUCCCCAAGACUCCCGAGUUCAUAUCGUCCUUGAGCGCGAGGCGCUUGAUUCGCAAGAAGUGCGAGAUGUUCCUGUGUCACGUUCAGGAUAUGCGAAAAGAAUCGCCACGUCAGCCGGACAUUCGUACGGUUUGCGACUUCCCCGAUGUCUUUCCCAAAGACCUACCUGCUUUGCCUCCGCCGAGAGAGGUGAUCAGACAGAUGAACCUAGAGCCGAUCCCAGAGGGCAUUGAGGAGGAGAUGUACGAUGGCGUGGCUGUCUCUUUAAUCUGUUGAUUAUGCUUUAUUUAAUUAACUUUAAUGCUUAUUACGUUUUCGGGCAAGAUCCCAAGUUGUUUGACUUUAAAAAGGCUUCCGCAUUAUUUUAAAUUACUCCGAUGAAUUUUUAUAUGUAUUGAUAGAACGUUUGUUUAAAAUUGUUUUGAAAAUGUCGCAAAUUCGGAUACCAAUUCAGUGGCACACCGGUCCGCUGUCUCACGGGUUUGGGUCAUGCGGGUUGGGGUGUUACAAGAAAUCCUAACGGUUUGUGAAAUCAAACGUUAGGUGGAAG